AUGACUGAAGUGUCGUCGACUCGACUUUAUCUCGGGAAUCUUCCCCGCAAUGUCACCAAGCAGGAUAUCGAGGAACAUUUUAGCACCCAUGGCUCCGGAAAAAUUACAGAGAUCAAGCUUAUGAACGGUUUCGGAUUCAUUGAAUACGAAGAUGCAAUGGAUGCUAGAGAUGUUGUACCAGAUGGCAGUGAUUUCAAAGGCGAACGACUCACUGUACAAUUCGCGCGGGGGCCACGUCGCAAGGAGAACUUCCCUGGCCCAAUGGACCGUCCUAAUAUGCCUCGUCCCCGUCGCACGGUCUACCGUAUGAUGGUUUCUGGACUCCCGGAAACAAGUUGGCAGGACCUUAAAGACUUCGCACGUGGAGCGGGUCUUGAUGUCGUUUACUCGGAAACCGGCCGUGAACCUGGCAGAGGGUUCGUUGAAUUUGAGACUGCGAACGAUCUGAAGACUGCCAUUGAGAAGCUCGAUGGGCGUGAUUUCAAAGGCUCCCGAGUGAGUUGCGUGGCAGAUAUCCAGCCUGUUGAUGAGCGCCCUUUCCGUGAUCCUUACCGGUCUCGGUCCCCUCGCCGGAGUUAUCCACCCGUAGAUGAGUACGACCGGAGAUUCCCUCCACCUCGGGGCUACAGUCCCCGUGCUCAUUACCGGGAGCGUUCCCCAAUUCCAAUGCGCCGGGAUUAUUAUGACCGUGAUGGCUAUGGACGCCGUACUCCUCCUCGUCCUCGUAUUGAUGAUUAUCCACCUCCACGUCGACCCUAUGAUGACCCUUAUGAUGUCCGUCCGCCGCCGCCGCCGCCUCGGUAUGAAGAUCCUUAUAUGCCACCAAGGCCAUACGGACGCCCUCGAAGUCCCCCCCGGGGUGAAUAUGUGCCCUAUGACCGCCGUGGUUACUGGUAA